CCUCGCCUUCACUUCCGCUUCCGGUGAGUCAUCCAAACCCUUCCUCCGGAACCGGUGCCGGAAGGAGGGCGCCUAGCGGGCAGCGCGUCACUUUUGCCUUCCGCCCCUGCUGCGAGGGGCCCUCGCUUGGGGCCCGGUGUUUAUAAACAUUUGUGUGAAGCAAGAAGAGGCAAGAUGACAGCUACAAAACUAAAGAUGAGUAAGAACAAGGACGACGCUCCCCAUGAGCUGGAAAGCCAGUUUAUUCUGCGGCUGCCUCCGGAAUAUGCCUCCACUGUGAGGAGGGCAGUACAAUCUGGAAGUGUCAACCUGAAGGAUAGACUUACUAUCGAAUUACACCCGGAUGGGCGUCAUGGGAUUGUCCGUGUAGAUCGCGUCCCAUUAGCUGCCAAGCUGGUGGACCUGCCCUGCAUCACCGAGAGCUUAAAAACCAUAGAUAAGAAAACAUUCUAUAAGACAGCGGAUAUUUGUCAGAUGCUUGUGUGUACUGUGGACGGUGAUCUCUAUCCUCCUCUGGAAGAGCCAACUGUGAGUACUGACCCCAAGGCAAACAAGAAAAAGGACAAGGACAGAGAGAAGAAAUUCAUCUGGAACCAUGGCAUUACUCUUCCUCUGAAGAAUGUAAGGAAGAGGCGGUUCAGGAAAACAGCUAAGAAGAAGUACAUUGAGUCUCCAGACGGAAAGGAGGUGAAGCGUCUGCUGAGUACAGAUGCUGAAGCUGUCAGUGUCCGCUGGGAAGUUAUUGCUGAAGAUGAAACAAAGGAAGCAGACAACCAUGGUUCACUCACCGGCUUGGACAUCUCCUCUCCUGGGAUGUCUGGACACAAGCAGGGCCAUGGCUCAUCGGAACAUGAUGAGUUGCGGGAGAUAUUUAAUGACAUCAGCAGCAGCAGCGAAGAUGAAGAUGAGAGAGAUCAUCAUGAUGAUGAAGAUUUGAAUAUCAUGGACACAGAAGAAGACUUGGAGAGGAACCUUCAGGACAAACUAAAUGAAUCUGAUGGCAGCAGCAGGAGAAACGAGGGAACAAACCAGAUAGGUGGAGCAGUCUUAGGCAGUGGUGGGUUGGUCCAUGGGAUCCAAAAGCAGAUUGAUAACCUGAAGGGUAAACUCCAGGAGACCCAGGAACGGAGAAAGCGCCAGGAAGAUCUCAUCAUGAAAGUAGAGAAUCUUGCCCUCAAGACCCGUCUCCAGGCUGUGCUGGAUGAAUUCAAACAGCAGGAAGACCGAGAGAAGCAGCAGCUCACCUCUCUGCAAGAACAACUGGAAUCCCUUAUGGAGAAGUGAGGAGGGCUUUUGAUCAGGGCAGAAGCUGUACCCGCCAAGUGGGCAUAAUGCUGAGAUGGAUGCUUCACCCAUGGGUUCUAGAGCCAUCCUCUGUGCUGAAGACCUGACGUUACUGGCACGACCCUCACUGCCCUAUAAGCCUACUCCUGUUAAUGUUGGAACUCUAUAUUCUCCUGGACACUGUUUCUAGAGCUGCUGGCUGAUGUUCCUUGUGCUGGACAGUGUAGCCCAAACCAUUAACCUUUGAAGAAAAAAAGGCACUAAUCUGGAGUUGGUCCUCUGAGAGCAGCAGAAACACAUGGGUAGUGGUUUAGUUGCCACCACUGGGGGAGGUAGUUCCUUGACUAGUUUGACCCAUCUUUCUUUAAGUGGAAAUCAUUCAUACCUUGGAACACUCCUUCAAAGACACUUUGCUUCCCAACAGGCUAAUCCACAGCACUGUCGCUCUGGGUCACCUUAGCUCAUGGUGCCAGAAAGCUGUGCUGAGCAAAGGGCAGGAAUUAACCCCCCCAUGCACUGCGCAGGCCUGGAGGAGUAGAACCAGGUCAGGGCAUCACCUGGUUGUUGCUAUCAUCUGAAACGCAAACCAGCAUUCUCUGAGGGAGACAUCUGCUUCCUUAACAGACUUUCUGACAGGGGUCUGCAGUGGUGGGAGUUUGUGCCCAUGCUUGGGGAACAUCUGCUUAAACAAAACUAGAAUGAAUAAAGUGUGUGUGUUUCCAA